GCCGGCAGAGCGCCUCAGUGCGCAGUAUCGAGAGCAGGAAGCGAACAGCAGCAGCAGGCUCAGCCUCAGCCUCCGCCGUCUUCAGCUUCGCCGACGACUCCGUUGCUUUUGCGUUACGUGCGUCGUCUCUAGAACGUUCCCCCACACGACCACCCCCGCCCGGGCACUCGGGAAUCUACGUGUUAAAUUUUUUUUUUUUAAACCAUUUGACUGCAUGCAAUUUAACAAGCGUUUUUUUUUUUUUAAAACAAACCCCACCACGCUAUCUACACCUCGCGAGUGUUGAGGAUUUGUGAUUUUUUUUCCCCCAUCCAUACAUUUUUUUUUCCAAGGCCGCGAUCGGUGGGUUUUUUUGUUAGCGCUGUCGCAGCGUUCUCGGGUCUUGUCGGGAAUAUUUACAUCUGCGUUUGUAUUUGUCGCUAUUUUAAAAUAUUUACCGUGCUCGGCUACGCUCGCGUUUUUCAGUGUAAUUAGAAUUUAUACGCAAUUAUAAUCGCACAUCACGCCCUGCAUUUAAUAUUAAAUUACAGGCGCUACCAACUCGCGCGAUCAACGCACCGAGGUGGGGUGGGUGGGGGGGAGUUGCGGAGGGAUUUCCUAAAACCACAUUGUUUUAACCUAAUUGAACCGUAACGCCUAAACGCUUUUAAUUUGUUAAACAAAUAAAAAAACAAACUCAACUGAGCCAUGAAGACCAAGGUGGAGGUAUGCCCCUACGACUGCCAGCCCAAGGACGCCGACGAGGCAGAGUGCAAGGGCGGUCCCCACCGCAGGGCGGACGGAGUGGACUCGUCCACGCACGGCCAAGCGUGGCUCUGGUGCCGCGAGUUCCUCCCGGGAGCCUGGAAACGCCUCCCCGAGCACAGCCUGCGGCUGUCCGUCAUCAGCGGCGGCCUCAGCAACCGGCUGUACCUGUGCGCCCUUCCGGAUGACGUGGAGAGCGUUCACGAGGAGCCACGCCAGGUGCUGCUGCGUCUCUACGGCGCCAUCCUACAGAUGUGCCACGAUGAUGGUUCCAACAACAGUAGCCCAACAAGUGUCACUUUCCAAAGCGCGACGGCCAUCGUCCUGGAGAGUGUCAUGUUCGCCAUCCUGGCCGAGCGAGCGCUGGGGCCCAAGCUCUACGGCAUCUUCCCCCAGGGCCGCCUGGAGCAGUACAUCCCGAGCCGGAAAUUGGCCACGGAGGAGCUCUGGGUGCCCGAGCUGUCGGCCCAGAUCGCCACCAAGAUGGGCCACUUCCAUCUCAUGCAGAUGCCGUUCAACAAGGAGCCGCGCUGGCUGUUUGACACCAUGACCCGGUAUCUCGACCAAGUUAUGACGCUGAACUUCUCGCGAGAGGUGCAGAUCCGGAAGUUCAACAAACUGCUGGCCUUCAACCUCGUGCAGGAGAUGGACUCCCUCAAGGCCCUACUUGCAGAGACGCUGUCGCCAGUCGUGUUUUGCCACAAUGAUUGUCAGGAAGGGAAUAUUCUCCUGCUCAAUGAGGAGGACUCGACUGCCAGCGCUCGCCUCAUGAUCAUUGACUUCGAGUACAGCAGCUACAAUUACAGGGGCUUCGACAUCGGAAACCACUUUUGCGAGUGGAUGUUCGACUACUCUCAGCCGUCUUGGCCGUUUUUCAAAACCAACGUGGAGAACUACCCAUCGCGCGAGCAGCAGCUGCUCUUUAUUCGCCAAUACCUGGCAGCGUGCGGUGACGAUGACGACAUCGAUCUCAACAAGGAGGAGGCCAUGCUGGUGGAGGUCAAUCGGUUUGCCCUGGCGUCCCACUUCUUCUGGGGUCUCUGGGCCAUCAUUCAAGCCAAGAUAUCCACUAUAGAGUUUGGUUACUUGGAGUAUGCCCUCGCCAGGUUCGAGACUUACUUCGCCCAAAAGAAGAAGUUUGUGUGAGAAGCGACGGUCGCCGCACCGUGCCCACUUCCCGCCUUGUGAUUAACACGGAACCGAACCGACGCCGAUGAGGAGAGAAAGAAAACGGUUUGUGUCGAGAGAGAGAGCGAGAGAGAGCGAGAGGAGCAUACGCUGGAAUAAGGGAAUGACCAAUUUUUCGCCCGCAAAAAAGUGAAACCUGAGGCGCGCUGCUGAAGUGUCUCAAAUGGAUCUCUGAAACGCUUGUUCUAAUGUAAAACUUGAAAAUGCCCAAGCUGAACGUGUGUUGUCUUUACGUUCGUUGUUUUUAACCGUCUGUCUCGGCUAUAGCCAGUCCCAUCCGUGCCAUUCUUAACCCUGCGCACACGGGAGCAGAUUGCAUUGUUGUUGCGUGGUCCUGUGUAUUAUGCUUCGCAUUGGCUACGCCUGUUCAUGAUGCUGUGACGUAUCUUUUUUUAAUCGCGGUUGGUAAAAGCUUUGUAAAUGCAUCGCAAGCUAAGUUGGGGAGGAAAAAAAACGUUAGGUAUUUUCCCCUCCACCUCGAGAUAAGCUUUUGGCUGCAAGCGCAUCAACUCGGUCCUUCAUCUCUAUGGGGGGGGGUGUUUCAACCAAAUGAGUACAUCUUCGUAGGGAAGUCCGAAGUUUAUUUACAGAGUAAAGCCCAUUGAGUUAUACAGUUUUUUUGUGUGUCAAAGGCGACCCCGUAGUUGCUCUACUAGAGGGGACUGGUCCUCCCAUCGUAGGGGAUUUGGAAUUUCACACUUUGGCUCGUUCCCAUUAACGGAAAAGAGCAUCGCCCCAUCAUUUGAGCGUGGGUGGAGGGGGGGGGAGAACAUUGGCUUUGAAUCCACGGGCUGUCGUCGUGUUCUUCGCAUCACUGAAGUACCCUGUAUUACACACUUGUAAUUUAUAAGCCUUUGAAGGUGGAUUCCAGUUAAUGUAAAGUGCUGCUUUUAGAGGUCCGGAUAACCUGGCACUCAAUGCCCAGGCACUUUACUCGGACUCUACGGAUACAUUCUGGCACCAGCGUGUGUGCUGUGUUCUGUUGGGAAUUAGCAAAUUGCACAAUUUAAGUAACUCUUGCAAACAUCCAUUGUGCAGCAACAUGUGUGCCUUGUUAAUUGCCAUCCCAGAAAUGUAAUCAUGUUAUUGGUAUUCCUUUACCACCAUGUUGUAAACGUGAGCACACUGGGCUUGCAAUCCAGUGGUCGCCGGUUAGAGUCCCAUCUCCUGGCGCGGGAGUUUAAGACUCGUCCAAGUUUCUUGAAUCCCACUUGCCCUCCUGUCCACCCAGCAUUAUAAACGGGGAACACCCACAGGGUAGUCGUUUGGCGGAUCGCACGUGGUCGGAUGAGGUGGUGGGUACGCCCACCUCUUCCAAAGACGUCUGGGGAGCUUUGAGGAGGAGACCAAAAUACCGAGGAACGGCUGCUCUAUAGUGCCCUCUAAUGGAGACUUUUCCACCAGCAGUGUCAUGAGCAAGCAGUUUGUCGAGCUGCACCUUUAAACCAAGUUCUAAUCCAGAAAAACGUCACGGAGUCUGGAUUAUAUUUUGCAUCGGAGUGUUUGGCCAAUUUCUUAUUCAGUAUUUGUGUGCAUGGGAGAAAACCAAAGUGCCUGGAAAAUACCCCACUCACUGAAGGGGGAUAUCACAACAUCUCUAAGGGAUGUCGGCAAACCAUUUUGCUGUACUGCCUUAUUUUCUCAUGCACUGAAUACAAGGCUAAACGCUCCGCCGAUGUGACUGAACGAAAGAGUGGAGGAGGGGGGGGGGGGCAUUUUCUGUUUGAAGCUGGCAACCCAUCCUUGUGUGGAAGCAAGGCUUGUAAUAAACUGCAGGCUUCAGGCAGUUUGGUCCAAUGCCUGGAGGACUCUCGUGGCCUUGGCACCAAAGUGCUAAGCGCUGACGUUUACUUUUUAAGCAGUUAAGGACAAAUUGAGACACAAAUCGCCUUGUAAGGGAGAGUCCUGGUACAAACACAAGGGGGGUGGGGGGAUAGAAGACAAUACAAUCAAUUGAGGGGCAAAAUAAUACUAGCCACGUAAAACUAAUCUUUUGAAAAAGCAAAUUCAGAUUUAUUUGUAUUGCAAUAUUCCCAUGUUUUGCAACAAUUUUGGCAACCAUUUGGCUUGGUGUUGCUAUAGUUUGAGCGCUCACAUUUGAACCCAUAAUGUCUUCAUGGUUAAUAAAGAAAAAUACCUAUUUGUGGAAAAGCCCAUCAGUGGUUGUCCGAUGAAAAGAAUGGGCCCCCACCGUAGGAAUGUGGAAUUUCCACCACUAGCUUGGAGCCACCAAUUGGAGAUGACCUUGCACCCUAUUGCUCACUCGAGCAGAGGAGACACGUUGGCUUGAAAGGAAACUGGUGUGUCCGUCAGAUCUGGUCGUCGGCUUCAGCUGUUGUGACGUGCUGCGUGUGUGUGCCUGCGCGUCUACACGUAAAGUUUCUCCUGCAGAAACCCUCUUACCUGUUGGUGUCGAGCGGUCUGCGGUGCUAUGGCCGACUGGAGGCAGACAGAUGUCUACAGGCUGCGCCACUGCUAAUACUCUAAAGUGAUUCUCUCUGCCCGCAGUGCACCUUGCUAUGUGAGUGUUUGUACCGUGCAUAGCUGGGCGUAUGGCACCUACACUGGCAGAGCUUGCAUUUGUUCCUAUAUCUAAAGCGAUGGGAAUGCACUGUGUGGCCAGUCCCUUUGUGGGGACACCUCACUUGAUCUUAUGAUCGCUGAUAAUAGUACGAUCUGUGAGCUCGCUGGUUUGUGGUCUUCAGGGUCGAUGGUGAUAUGAUCUUAUGGUCUUUAAAAUGCAAUUGCUGCUGUUGCUGCUGUUCCGUGCUUGCGCGUGUCUUGAGCUGUUUUGCAUUGCAAAAAGAAAAGUGUAAAGUUUGUAUGUAUUUUCGUAUGCUUUAUGGAUCAUGUGGGCGAAAAAGCUGCGCCGAACGUGCAGAUUUUUUUUAUUAUUAUUGCAUGCAUGGAGAAUGCAUAUAUAUUUUUAAUGUGACACUUUGUACAAAAGAGUACCUUCACUUUUUUUCACGUUCAUCUUUUUUUAAGUAAUUGAAAUCUCGGAACCAAUAACUACAUUUUAAAAAAAUAUAUGUUUUUGUAAUUAUUUCUCUUUGGUUGUUAUGCUCGGUUAUUGAAAUGCUCCAAAUGCUGUGAGUUACAGAUGGACAGUUUUGUUUCCGUUUAAUGGUUCCAAUAUUUAGUCUUUUUUUUAAAUUAAGUUGAGUGAUGUCACAUCCACCCGAAGCGAACUGCGUUUGAGUUGGAAAUUUGUGAACGGAGAGCGUCGGUCACACGGUGUUGAGGAUUGCUAUAAUUUAAGUGAGUACAACAAAACUGGACUCGAUUAGUAACACGUGUCCAAAAACGUCACCGGUUCAGGUGCCGCUGAGAAUUAUGGAUUGUAAUUGACCGACUCGCUGUUGCGUUGCAAGCCCCCCUUGCCUCUUUGGAUGAUUCUGAUUUUCUGGAUUCAGUGCAUGACCAAUCACAUGAUUGGCUGAAAUUAGAAAAGGAAAUAUUGAUUGGCUCUUCUCCUGUACGUUGCCGGCAAUCGCCUGUACCGUUUUAAUUACAUUUCUCCCCAACGUUUCUCAAGUAUAUUUCAGCACGGCGACAAAUCUUGAAGUAUUGGUACCAUGGUUAGUGCGUCCACCUCGCAAUCGAAAGAUCGAGUUGAGAGUCUUGAGCUUACUCGGUCCAUCAUUGUUCUGGGGUGGAUAAACGAUAUACCACUUUGUGGGAAGUCAACUGUGCUUGUCUUAUGCAGUGGGUUUGCACCCAACCACACAUCAACGUUUUACACCACUGGCCUAGGGCAACCAAUACAAAAUGAGCACCCGCUCCCCACACUCGUUUUGGGCAGGGAGAGGCACUUGAUUUAAAAAAAUGAAAUUGUAAUGUACAUUUCUUUACUGAUUUUCAACGUUUAUAUUUUGACUUUAACGAUUUUAUGCCGUGUACAUUUUCAUGCUGAUCAUUUGAAAGGCAACAGACAUGGUUUGAAUUUCAUGGAAUUUGGAAAGCCGGUGUGAUAAUGGUAACAAGAAAUUUUGUGGGCGAAUGCUCGCGUUCUGUUGACCGUCUGCAUGUGUGUCCACUUAAUGUUCUUGAUUCCACACCAUUAUAGUCUUUGGCAGUCAGCUGCCAGUGAAUAACUCCUUCGGAUUUCUCUAAUUCAAGCAAGAAGAUGGACUUGCUCGUGCUAACUCAGUUGCUUAUAGUUCAUUCACACAUUUUAACUACACUACGAAUAAUGUGCACGUUUGUUUUUCCUCCAUAGCCAUGUACACAGAGCUGUUUUCGGUAAGUUAAUCUUUACGUGCAUUUAUUGCAAGAGAAUAUUUGCUUAAGUGCUUGCACAUAUAUGUAGGUGACUUCUGUGUCCGUUUCGUUUUUGUUUAUUUAGUUUUUCAGUCAAAACCGGCUUCAUUUUUUAAAGCUACAUUUUCCAAAAAACACUGGAUAGUUCAAUAUAUCUGGAUGUUCAGUAUCUUGAAUGAUUCACUCGUGAAUUAACUGAGCCUACUACAGUUUUUGUCUAAACUGAUCUACAGACAACAGGAUCUGUAAUCGUGAUGAAUGUCCCACAUUUUAUGAUUUCUUGUUAUAGUUCGAUAAAUAACUUGUAAACCCAACAUCUAGGACUCUUGAAAUAAACCUGAAUUAACUGGAAAACAAA